GUCUGAGGGGUUCUGCUGAAGUUUUUGGGGUCCAGAGUCUGUGCAGGACUCAACUUUACGCAGGUAUUCAGGGUCCUGGUCUGCAGGUUUUCAGAGUCCGGAAUCUUCGGAGGUUUGGAGUCCGGUUUCCCGGUAAGGAUCAGAGGAUGUUGGAGCUUCAGCUCGCGGUGCUGCUUGCUCUGCAGGUGUGUACCUGUGCUCAAGAGGGCGGGGCCUUGGUGGGCCAGGACCUGGGUUAUGUCAGCCUGCCGGAGCUCAGUGAUGUCUGCACUGAAGGCAGCUGUUACCCCGCAACAGGAGACCUUCUGAUUGGCCGAGCUCAUCAGCUGUCGUCCACCUCCACCUGUGGUCUGAGCCGACCCGAACCGUUCUGCAUUGUCAGCCAUCUGCAGGAGGAGAAGAAAUGUUUCAUGUGUGAAUCAGCAGCGCCCUACGACGAGCUGACCAAUCAGACGAGCAGCCAUCGCAUCGAGAACGUCGUCACCACGUUCGCUCCCAACAGACUGAAGACAUGGUGGCAGUCUGAGAACGGUCUGGAGAACGUCACCGUGCAGCUGAACCUGGAGGCAGAGUUUCACUUCACACACCUCAUCAUGACCUUUAAGACGUUUCGUCCUGCUGCCAUGGUGAUCGAGCGAUCAGCUGACUUUGGGAAGACGUGGCAGGUUUAUCGUUACUUCGCCUACGACUGUGAGACGUCCUUCCCCUACAUUUCCCAGGGUCCAAUGCAGAAGGUCGAUGAUGUCAUCUGUGACUCGCGUUACUCCGACAUCGAGCCGUCCACUGAGGGAGAGGUGAUUUUCAGAGUUCUGGACCCAGCCUUCAGGAUCAACGACCCCUACAGCCCCAGAAUCCAGAACAUGCUGAAGAUCACGAACCUGCGGGUGAAGUUCACCAAGCUGCACACGCUGGGUGACAACCUGCUGGACUCUCGCAUGGAGAUCAAAGAGAAGUACUACUACGCCGUCUACGACAUGGUGGUCCGAGGAAACUGCUUCUGCUACGGACACGCCUCUGAGUGUGCCCCCGUCCAGGGCACCGGACAGACCAGGGAGGGCAUGGUUCACGGUCACUGCAUGUGUAACCACAACACUAAAGGUCUGAACUGUGAACAGUGUCAGGAUUUCUACCAUGACCUUCCCUGGAGACCAGCUGAGGGACGCAACACCAACGCCUGCGAGAAGUGUAACUGUAACCAGCACUCUGAGUCCUGUCACUUCGACAUGGCCGUGUACAUUGCAUCAGGAAACGUCAGCGGAGGCGUCUGUGAUGACUGUCAACACAACACGGCCGGACACAACUGUGAGCAGUGUCAACCGUUCUACUACCAGCACCCAGAGAGGGACGUCCGAGACCCCAACAUCUGCCAGCCCUGUAGCUGCGACCCCCUCGGCUCUCUGAACGGAGGGAUGUGCGACCGCAUGACAGACGUUGGAGCCGGUCUGAUCGCCGGUCAGUGUCGCUGUAAAGUCAACGUGGAGGGAGAACGCUGCGAGCGCUGCAGACCGGCGCACUUCGGUCUGAGCGACGGGCCAGACGGCUGCACAGUGUGUACCUGCAGUCCUGUGGGAACAGUUCCUGGAGGAAAUCCCUGCGACAGUGAAACAGGAAGUUGUUUCUGUAAACGUCUGGUGGCCGGUCGAGACUGUGACCACUGUGUGUCUGAACACUGGGGUCUCAGUAAUGAUAUGGAUGGCUGCAGACCAUGUGACUGUGACCUCGGAGGAGCUGUCAACAACCAGUGUGACCAGGUGAGUGGUCAGUGUGUCUGCAGAGAUCACAUGUUCGGUCGUCGCUGCGAUCAGGUCGAGUCUGGAUUCUACUUUGUAGCUCUGGAUCACUACACCUAUGAGGCUGAGGAUGCCAAAUUUGGACCCGGAGUGACAUUGGUGCCAAGACCCCACCCUCAGGACCGCAGUCCCACCUGGACAGGUACUGGCCUGGUCAACAUUCCAGAAGGGGCCUUCCUGGAGUUCUCUGUGGAUAACAUUCCUCACUCAAUGGAGUACGACAUCCUCAUCCGCUAUGAGCCUCAGCUGCCUGACCAAUGGGAGGAGGUCCUGAUGACAGUGAUGAGGCCAGGGCCAAUCAGAGCAGACAGCCGCUGCGUUAACACUGUACCUGAUGACGACAACCAGAUGACCUCACUUCACCCCGGCUCACGGUAUGUGGUUCUUCCCAGACCGGUUUGUUUUGAAUCUGGUCUGAACUACACGGUCCGCCUCAGUCUACCCCUGUACUCGGCCCUCAGCGAUGUCCAGUCUCCGUACACACUCAUCGACUCGAUUGUGUUGAUGCCUCAUUGUAAGAACCUAGAGAUAUUCACGGCCUCAGAGGGCGGAGACUCCAGCAGGAACAGCGGUUGGGAAACUUUCCAGCGUUACCGUUGUUUAGAGAACAGCCAGAGUGUCAUCAAGACGCCGAUGACUGACAUCUGCAGAAAUUUCAUCUUCAGCAUCUCCGCCAUGUUGCACCAGGGUGCUAAAGAAUGUCAGUGUGACCUUCAGGGCUCCCUGAGCACCGUGUGCGAUCCCAGUGGGGGUCAGUGUCAGUGUCGCCCCAACGUGGUCGGCAGGAACUGCGACAGAUGUGCUCCGGCCACGUUCCAAUUUGGACCCAACGGCUGCAGAGCUUGUGCAUGUGACCCUCAGGGUUCACAGAGUCCAUUUUGUGAUCAGCUGACCGGUCAGUGUGUUUGUGUUUCGGGAGCGUAUGGUCGACAGUGUGAUCGCUGUCUGCCGGGUCACUGGGGUUUCCCCACCUGCCGACCCUGCUCCUGCAACGGACACUCGGACGACUGCGACCCCACUACUGGAUACUGUAUCAACUGCAGGGACCAGAGCACCGGACACACCUGUGACAGAUGUCUGGAUGGUUACUAUGGUGACCCGGUGUUGGGCUCAGGUGACCACUGUCGUCCCUGCAUGUGUCCCGACGGCCCCGGCAGCCAGCGGCAGUUUGCGGGAAGUUGUUACCGCAGCGACGACUCCCAGCAGGCCAUCUGUGUCUGCAACACUGGAUACAGAGGUGCUCGCUGUGACGAGUGCUCACCUGGUUACUAUGGAAACCCCAGUGAGCCAGGGGGGCAGUGUAAGCCCUGUCAGUGCAACAACAACAUCGACAUGUUGGACCCGGAGUCUUGUGACGCUCAGACCGGCGAGUGUCUGCGCUGCUUGUACCACAGCGAGGGCGCCGCCUGCCAGGACUGCAAACUGGGUUACUAUGGCAACGCUCUGCUACAGGACUGCCGGAAGUGUGUUUGUAACCACCUGGGCAGCGACCCCUCCAGCUGUCCGUCAUCUGACUGUCACUGCGACCGCAGCAGCGGUCAGUGUCACUGCCUCCCCAAUGUCGUUGGUCAACACUGCGACCACUGCGCACCGGACACCUGGAACAUGGCGAGCGGCAGCGGCUGUCAGACCUGCAGCUGCGACCCAAAACACUCAUACGGGACGUCCUGCAACGAGAUCAGCGGUCAGUGUUCCUGUCACCCCGGCUUCGGAGGAAGAACAUGCAGCGAGUGUAGAGAGCUGUUCUGGGGAGACCCAGAGAUCGAAUGUCACGCCUGUGACUGUGACCCUCGCGGCGUCUCCCAGGAUCAGUGUAACAAGGAGAGCGGUCACUGCGUGUGCUUGGACGGCGUUUCCGGACCGCGCUGCAACGUCUGUGCUCGUGGAUUCUCAGGAACCUUCCCCAACUGUCGGCGCUGCCAUCAGUGCUUUGCCGAGUGGGACGACGUCAUCGGUCAACUGACCAAUCAGACGCACCGCCUCGUCAACAAGGUCAACGCCAUCAAAGCCAGCGGAGUCAGUGGACCGUACAAGAAGACCAUUGACAGCAUGGAGAGGAGUGCCGCCGACAUCCGGGUCCUCCUGAACCAGAACCCGGCUUCGCAACCUCUGACCGAGAUCCAGCACCUGCUGCAACAGGCCAGUGACCUGAUGGGGGCCCUGAGACAGAUGUUGAACCACACUGAACAGACUCUGCUCCAGGUGGAGGACCAGGACUCAGCUGCAGAAACCAAACUGGACUCUGUGACGUCCGACGCUCAGAAACUGGAGCGGACAGUUCAAGAGCUGCUGGAUCAGGUCGAGUUCAUCAAGAACUCUGACAUCAGAGGGGCGACGGACAGCGUCACAAAGUACUUCCUGCAGUCUCAGGAAGCCGAGGCUCGAACCAACACCUCCACCAUCGACGCUGGCAGCCCCGUGGAAACGUCUGGUGCUCUACGGCAACUCACAGAGGAAAAACUGAACCAAACCAGAGAGAAGUUCCUGAGGAGACACACUGAGCAUGCUCAGAGAUUGGAUGACCUGGCAGGAGAGCUGCAGACUCUGGACCUAUCAGAGAUCAGCCACAAGACCUGUGGCCGUCCAUCAGUGGGUCAGGAUCUGUGCUCCUCUUCCUGUGGCGGUCUGGGCUGCGUGGACUCUGAGGGUCGGACCACGUGUGGAGGUGAAGGAUGUGACGGCGUGGUGACAACAGCCGACGGUGUCUGGAGGAAGGCUCGAGAGUCGGAACAGGAAAUCCUCAGUGCCAUGGGGGAAGUGGAAAAACUUUCAAAGAUGGUAUCAGAGGCCAAGCUGAAGGCUGACGAAGCGAAGCUAAGUGCUCUGGACAUCCUGACGAAGACCAACACGACCAAACAAAGAGUGGACCAGAGCAACGAGGAGCUGAGGGGUCUCAUCAGACAGAUCCGAGACUUCCUGACACAGGACGCCGCGGACCUGGAGAGCAUUGAGUUGGUGGCUAACGAGGUUCUGGCCAUGCAGAUGCCGACGACGCCGGCUCAGCUGCAGAACCUGACUGAGGAAAUCCGGCAGAAGGUCGGAGAACUGGGACACGUGGAGAACAUCCUGCUGCAGAGCGCCGCGGACAUCCAGAGAGCCGAGAACCUGCUGGACCAGGCCCGCCACGCCAGCGAGGAGGCGGCUGAUGUGAAGGACUCUGCAGAGACGGUGAAGCGAGCUCUGGAAGAAGCUCAGAGAGCUCAGACAGCCGCCAGCAGCGCCAUCCGGCAGGCCGCCGCCGACAUCAGCAGCACCAACAGCCUGCUGUCAUCCGUGCAGUCAGAGACUGCAGACGCAGAGUUGAAGCUGAACAAUGCCACCCAGAGGCUGCAGAGGCUCGAGCAGGACGUGACCACGCUGAAAGACAAAGCUGUGAAUGUCACUCUGAGCACUGAACGGGCCAAUCAGAAUGCAGCAAGCAUCAGACAGAUUGCUGAGGAAGUCAAGAAGGACCUGGACUCAGACCUGAAGGACAAGUACGCCACAGUGGGGCAGCUGAUUGGUCAGAAGGCAGAUGGCGUCGCUGAUGCCAAGAAGAGGGCGGAGUCACUGCAGCAGAAAGCCAAAGAGCUGUUGUUGCAAGCGAGCGACAAGCUGCAGCUGCUCAAAGAUCUGGAGAAGUCAUACAAGGACAACCAGCGAACUCUGGAGGUGAAGGCGGAGCUGCUGGUGGAGCUGGAGGCCGCCGUGAAGGAGCUGCUGCAGGAGAUCAGCCACAAGGUCACCGUCUAUAGCACCUGUCUGUUCUAGGGUCAAAGGUCAAACUGAGCCGUGACUUCAAAUCACUGCUGACCAAAAAUCUUAAUUUAGUUGUUUAAAGAUAUGAAUGUUUAAUCUUAAGCUAAUUUCCAAAUUGGACACAGAGCCUUUUGAUUAUUGUGUUCAUGAACGCACCACGCUGCCUUUUACAUACAGAUGAUGUGACUAUAAAGCAUUUAAAGACAACAGCUGUAAAAUGAAUCAAAAUAAGUUAGAAGCAGCUGAAUGAAAACAAACAUCUGUUAAACCACCAGCUGCUGUAAACUAGUUAGAAUCUGUUGAAUGUAAUAAAAUCACUUGAUUCCAGUUUAAAGUUGUUAAACUGAAUCUUUUAACUGUGUCACUGAAACUGUUUUUACCUCAUUUUGUACUUUUUUUUCUACGAGGCCAAAAUUCAACCAAAAUGAUUUUUAAUAAAAACACUUCCACUUCA